AUGGCGGAUGGCGAAGUGUCUUCCACCUUGACUUCGAAGAGAUUCCGUUGGGAAACAGACACGGUAAGUCAGUUGAUCGACUGUUUACUUGAAUACAAAUCAAAAAUGGCCUAUAGAAACCUUGAUUUCGACGCCGAUAAACAAAUUCAGUACCAAGAACUGCGAGUGGACAUGGCGAAGCUUCAUGAGGACGAUGAAUCUAUAUUUGGUCCUGUGGCUGCUUUCAAGUUACCGGAUGAUUUCAAAACCCGUUCAAAGGAAGAGCAGGCCAAAGCAAAGCAUCGUGUAAAAGAGUCAAAAGAUAUGAUAACGAAAGGACAGAAGAGAGUGAUGGAAAAGGUGAAGGAAAUCAGACAGAGUUUCUCUAAAGCUGUAGUUUCUGGAAGUAGGAGUGGCAGUGGAAAACUUGUUUACGAAUUUUACGACAAACUGAUAACAUUGUGGGGUGGUUCUGCCGGAACAGAGCCCCUUUCUUAUGGUGUAGGAGGAGAUGAUUUUCUGGAAGACAAUGAAGUUGUCCAAUGUCACAAUCCAGAAGAUGACAGCUUAAGUUUGGAUUUGGAAACUGCAGGUACUUCAGCUGGUUCAAGUGAUCUAGGCCCUGGAGAUGAUGGGGGUAGUGCAAGUGGCGAUGUGGCACCUGGUAACAAACGCAAAGCUAACUGUGUACCAAAGCUAAUCGACAACAAAAGAAAGCAUUUGGAAAAAAAGCUUUCUGCUGCCCAGAGGGAUGGGUUGCUUAUUAAAGAAGCUAAGGAAGAUGCCCAAUUUCGAAAGGACCUUGCUGAGGCAAUGCGGGAGUCUACAGCAAGUUUUUCUCAUAGUAUUGAAAGUGUUAGUAAAGCUAUGACUGAUCUAGGUGCAGGAGUUUGUCGAUCAAUCGAGAUGCUAUCACAAGCAUUGCAACAACCUUAUGCAGUACGUGCACCUGUAAAUCAGAAUUUGUUCUAUCAAAACCCAAUGCAAGUUGCACCUCAGGCUGCUGAGGGUGUUUAUGCCCAGCUGUUUAGCCAACAUGGUAGCCAGCAAGAUCCAGGAAGCAGUGGAAGCUUUUAUUAUCAACCAUAGAGUUAUGACAUUAUGACAUUGUCUAAUAGAUCUAUAUUGUAUAUAGAUAUACAAACACAACUUGAUGCU